GUCUUCUUCUCAAGCCCACUUUCUCGAAGUCGUGCACAACAAUAGAUUCGAUAUAUCGCACAGUAUCUACUCCUGCGAAUGCGCGUUGUUGCGACCAUCUCGGGUGGAACAUGGGCGACAAUAGCAAAGAUGCGCCCACGAACGCUCGAGGUAUUCCCCAAGCCCCCUUCGUCGACAAGGUUGAAGACUACGUCUCCUCCCGCCAGGAUGUGGAAAGAUGUCUCAAGAACUUUCAAGAGAUGAUCUCUAAAUACCAAUUCAUGCAAGCCAACACCGAGCGGCGAGCGAUCGGCCUUAAGGACAAGAUACCCGAUAUACAGAAGACGCUCGAUACAGUACUGUUUCUCAAGUCUCGUGGCAGCGACGACGAUGAUGUGGAACCGUUUGAGUCGUUCUUCGAGCUCAACGACACGCUUUAUGCUAAAGCUGAAGUGGCGAAGACAGAUGAGGUGUACCUAUGGCUUGGUGCCAAUGUAAUGCUCGCGUAUCCCAUCGCCGAGGCGGAGACGCUUCUCCAGUCCAAGCUCGAGGCCGCGCAGUCUUCGCUGGCGAACUGUGAGGAGGAUCUUGACUUUUUGCGGGAGCAGAUCACUACAAUGGAGGUAGCCACCGCGCGCGUCUACAACUGGGACGUGGGCAUGCGAAGGAAAGAGAAAGGCGCCGAAGGCGGCUCUGCAAGUAGACAGCCGAAUGACGACCCGAAUGGAUAAGUGUCCGUGCUAUAGCUUUCACGCAAGCCCUGUAAGUACUGCUCAAGGCCUCAAAGUACAGUAACACAACGACCUGGUAUCGUAAAUUCAUCAGGCCAGCCCAACCCAAUCCCUCCUUGCCCGCGCAAGCCUUCGC